AUGCACAACUACAGUUCACAAAACAAAGCAGUCAUCAAGAAUGCCGACAUGGUCGAUGAAAUGCAACAAAGAGCAGUUGAUUGUGCUCAAGAUGCCAUGGAGAAGUUCAACAUUGAGAAGGACAUCGCUGCACACAUUAAGAAGGAAUUUGAUAAGCUAUACUCUCCCACAUGGCACUGUAUUGUUGGUCGUAACUUUGGCAGCUAUGUAACUCACGAGAGCAAACACUUCAUCUACUUCUACAUGGGUCAGGUGGCUAUUCUUCUCUUUAAAUCCGGUUGA